AUGGAUGCGAUCAAUACUAUCAAGGUUGCGAGUUUGCCGUUGCAAAUAACAUACGAGAAUGCCGGCCGAGGAGAUAUAUACCCGUACGAUGUUACGGCAAGUAGGAGAGAGAAUGAAGGUUUUGGUUUUGUGAUCAUUUCUUUGCUUGCAAAACUCGGCUCCACCAUAAGGAGAAUUAUCGAAGUAAGUCCAGCGGAACAGUGUGGUAAGCUGCACAUCGGUGACCGGAUCUUGGCGAGAAUGCAGGUUCACUUGCCGGAUCCGGAAUCAUCGGAGCUGACUCAGAUGAGCCACCGUCUCCCGGUCCGGGAACAGCUCACUUCCGGAUGGUUUAUCGACCGCAAGAAAUUAGCCCACAGCACACGUAUUUUCUUUCACCCGCCUCAUAUGAACGGGCCAAACGUGGCGAUGUCGGAUUAUGUGCCUGUGAACGGACAAGGGAAUGGACAUGGAAAGCUCAUGCGCGGUAGUCACAUGGCGGUUCAUUCGAAGCCAUAGAGUGAAAUCACCAUAGGGAACCGAGGCGAUCAAAAUAUAAUGUACAAUUCCUAAUGGGACUGCAACGUCUCAUCCUCGCCGAGUAAACGAUGAGCGCUUUCCUUGUUUUGGCUAUGUUUUUCAAGUGAGGCCCUCGGGUUGAGUUAGUGAGACCUGACCCACCACACCAUGCUGGAACUGGAUCACUCUCCCGGAAGAGAGAAAACAGUUCCGCGUUUUGUUAGUCUUCCCGCGAGGCAUUCCUCCGUUUUAAAUAUCUUUCGCUGAUCGAUUGACUAUAGAUAUGGGAGCAAAGGUUAUUUCUCCGCAAAAGGUUUUCACUCGAAGGUGUUCGUGCGCUUUUGGAUUGCGCCCUGGCUUCCGAGAGGACUAAAUGCCACGAUCCGGUUGUUCUGUUUUGUUUUUGGCUGAGGUCUGACCAUACUGAGUAGUGUUGGUCCUCUUGAGUGGGAGGAAUUCGUGAGAUGUUAUCUUCUCCAGUUUUUUUGAGUUUUUAAGCGGUAAGAAAGAGAACGAACGUUAGUCAUUUGGCUGGCAAUCGCACGGUUUGCGGUCGCUUGGGGCGGAUUGUUUUUGAGCAUCAGAAGUGGUUAUGUACAAAAUCGUUAGAGAUCGUGCAUGGUUGACCGAUUCAUGCGUGAAUUAUGUUUUUUGGAUGAGUUGUAUGCGAUUGUUCAUGUUCAGAAUCAGAAAAUUUUCAUCUUUUUUGUAAA